GCGCGCUUGCGACAUGUGCAGGCUGAAAAAAGGUACCGAUGUGAAGGGGGGAGUCCAUCUCGGAAAGCGUGCAAUAACUGCAUCAACGGCAAGUACGAUUGUACCUAUGUCCAGACUGCCAAGGUGGAGGCACGAGACAAGGCCUACGUUCAAAGUUUGGAGGCCCGGCUAGUUAAAAUGGAGGAGCUAUUACGCAAGGUCAUGUCCGAGGGUGACUUGUCCCGCAGUUUAUCAGAUUCAAUUGACCCGGGACCUAGCACGAGCUUUGGGCCGCCGCCCAAGCAGCCAGUCACGCGUCGUGUGACCCCUCCUGUAGACGGUGUGGACUCUGAUGACGAAGAACUCGCCGUUAGACAGACUUUGGAAGAAAAGUUCAAGCACAUCUCGCUCGAUCCUGGAAAACAGCAUUUCAUCGGAAAGUCAUCCAACCUCAUGUUCAUUCAAACAGCUCUAGAGUUCCAAGAGGGAAGCAGCUCUGAGAAGAAGUCAGACAGUAGUCGAGACCAGACGCCUUCAACAAUGCCUCCAUUCUUUGACUCUACUGCGUGGUUCUCCCGACACUCUCAGAAGCAACACCAGCUUUCUUUUCCAGACAAUGACCUUCUGCAUUCGUUACUUGCCACCUUCUUCACCGACAUGAACGUAUAUUUCCCGGUACUGCAUCGACCUACUUUUGAGCGCGCCAUUGCAGAAGAGCUGCAUUUGCGAGACGAAGGCUUUGGUUCGGUUCUCCUACUUGUGUGCGCCCUUGGCGCUCGAUCCUCGAAAGAUCCGCGAGUGUAUGCAGACGGGAAGCACAACCCACAGGCAGCAGGAUGGGAGUGGUUUAAUCAGGUUCAGCAGACGAUGAAGGUCAUCAACAUGGAACCGCCAAGCCUUUACGACCUCCAGGCGGCAUAUCUUGCAUCCAUGUUUUUGUAUGGCCUGACGUCACCACAAUCAUCCUGGCCAAUCCUUGGAUUCGGCUUUAGACUUGCACAAGCUAUUGGCGCUCAUCGGCGGAAGGACGAACGCGUACCAUGGCUCAAGAGCCUUCAGCAUCUCGAUGGCUUUGUGAACGUAACGAAUACUACGUACUCUUCUUCCUGUAUUCCGGUGGGCCGGCCCAGGUGGCAUUUCGCUGGUCGCUUAGGCGAUGCAUUGAACGAACUCGUGCGCGCAGGGGAUCUGCUGCCCCCUGAAGAGAACGACUGCAGCAAGACGAAGCUCGACGCUAAAGGCAAGGGUAAAGGGAACGUUCGCGAAGCUUCGAUAAGCUCCGAAGCUUCCGAGACUCUACGCGACUCUCAGAGCCCUGCAUCGUCCACGCUCUCAACCUUUCCGGCCUCAAACAAGGUGAAAUAUGAUGGUUCUGCGGAGAGUUACGAAUACCUGCCAGUCAGAAGCGAAGACUUGGGUCGUCAACCAUACCAGUACGAGUAUAAUCGAGGUAUGCCCGGAUACCCGACCAAUGAUUACGGCCAAUAUCCCGGAGCCCCUGCGUGGGGCUUCAGUCCGACCAACACUGUUCCACAGGACACUACAGUCUUCAAUAGCCCGUUUAAUGGCGAUCCCACAGCCUCGGAUGGCUUCAUGCGGACUCUCGCGACAAUGGCCGGCGCAACAGUGGCUAUUCAUCAGCCCGGAGGGUUUAUGCAGGCUGCGCAGAGCGUGUCGCCAUCAGACGUUUCGAACGGCGAGAAUAUGCUCGGGAUGUUGUCGAAUCUGUCAGGAAACAUGCAAUGGGACGAGUGGGGAAACUACCUCGCAAAUCUACAGCCGCAGGACAAUCAUCAGUGGCAGGGACGAUGAGCUCGCGUGCUUGGUCUAUGUUCCGGUUCAUGUUUAUGAACGAACGCUGUUGUUUGCUAUCCCGCAGUACAUAUCCUGUGCAUAAUUUACCCAUCUGCUGGGAUGUCUUCUGCUGCGUAGCCAACUGAAGAUUUCGAGGUACCCGGUGCUGAUACGGCAUAUAAAUCUUUU